CCGCCCAGAAUAGACGCAGCACGUGCGUCUAAAGCGACACACGCGCCGCGCGAUCCGGACUCGCACCGUUGUCUUAAAGCUCACCCUCAUUGAGCCCAACUCCACUUCAUCACACAAUCGCGUAUAACGACGUCCAAACGUAAAGCCGCCGUUUUCGUACGGGCUGGUUUCACCCCCACGUACCGCCACCGAAAACUAAUAGUAAACUAUUUUUAACUUCAUUACGGUGAAAGCAUUUAAUGCGUGUGAAUGUUUAUGUGAUGGCCUUGGUCGUGUCUCCGGCGAAAGCUUAUGAUAUUUCGUUCAAAAAUAAUGUUACGCUUUGUCUAGUUUACGGGUAACAUUGUCAUUUUGUGUCUUAAUACCUUAAUAAAAUACAGUAAUUACGUGCCUUAUCUUCGUAAAAUAUUUGUGAAUUUCGAGGCGUUUCGCAAAGUUAACGCGAAGUGUUCGUUGUUGGCGUGUGAGUCAUCGGCCCUAAUAUGCGAUGCUUGAAGCUCACGAUCCUCUUGGUGCUGUUUCUGACACCAGAUCCUGUCCCAGCCUGGCGAGCUGACAUAGUAAAAACUUGGGCAAGAAACUUGGGCGAAGAGAUAUGGAGACUCAGCGAAGCACUCACAAAAUCAGAUCAAAUCAGAAUCAAAUACAAACAAAUGAACGCGAGCGUAAAGAAGAAGGAUGGCAAACAAAUAUUGGAAUCGUCUCUACGUUCAGUUAGUACAAUGCUUACAAGGAAAAUUAACGCUGUCAAGUGCAUUCACGAAACAGCGAUACAAAUAGCAAGGAACUUCAAUUAUGUUAAAAAUGCAUCAGAAAUACAGGAUUUUACAUAUUGUUCGGCUAAAUACUCGAAUUUCACAUACGAGAUACCAGGAGACAAGCCCGUUUCAGAUGAAAAAUCUAAACCGAAGUUCACAAAGAACAAUCCACACUACACUACAGUAUCUCUAGUGAGGGAUUCGCAUUUUUAUGAUAUUAACGUCAAUACGAACCACAGCUGUGUGCACGUUCCGACAAAUAUAUUUUAUUUAGAGAAUAACGUCUUUAAUGCAAUAGAGUGGUCAAAAGAACUGAAUCAGGUAUUUACAAAAAACUAUCAGUCGGAUCCGUCUCUGUCGUGGCAGUACUUCGGUAGCUCUCACGGAGUUUUAAGGUUUUACCCCGGUAUGCCUUGGAAUACAAAGGAAGUAGAUACGUACGAUUGCAGAGUUAUGUCUUGGUAUAUUGAAGCCGCCACUUGUUCCAAGGACGUCAUCAUCCUCUUCGACAUAUCUGGUUCAAUGACCGGAUUCAAGAAUUACGUGGCAAGAAGAACGUUGCGGUCCUUAUUGGACACUUUGUCGAACAAUGACUACGUUAAUGUUUAUAAGUUUAACGAUACGGUAACCGAAGUUGUGAAAUGCUUUAAAGGAUUGGUUCAGGCCACUCCCGAGAAUCUUAAAACUAUUACCGCAACUUUAGAGCCUUUUGUCGACGCGGAAGGACACUUGAAACCUAAUGUACCUUUAGCAGGAAACGCCAAUUUAACGGCCGCAUUCGUGAAAGCUUUCGACACUUUAAAAGAGAGAAGAAAACAAUGUAAUGUGAGCAGUACACAGGGCUGUAAUCAGUUGAUUAUGGUGAUAACGGACUACGUGGCCGGGAAUCUUAGUGACGUGUUCGAAAAAUACAACAGAGUUGUCGUCAAUGGGAAAACGUAUACUCCUGUCAGGGUAUUCACUUACCUUAUCGGAAAAGAAGUUACAAAUGUACCAGAAAUAGAAUGGAUGGCUUGCUCUAACAGAGGUUAUUUUGUACACAUACAUUCUGUAGAAGAGGUGCAGCAGCAAGUGUUGAAGUACAUCAACGUGAUUGCCCUUCCCAUGAUCCUAGUGGCAGAGAAGCCACCUCCUACGUGGACCCACGCCAAUAUAGAUUACACGAGGACCGCGAAAUGGGAUGUCAGCGGUGAUAUCGAUAAGCCGGGUGAGGACAAAUUAGUGACUUCAGUGGCCAUCCCAGCUUUUGAUUUCAAAAAAGACGAUAACAGCAGUAAUGCGAGACUACUAGGCGUCGCAGGAACUGAUGUCCCCAUCGAUAGCAUAGCCAAAUUGGCUCAACCACAUCAGUUGGGAGUUAAUGGUUAUUCUUUUAUUGUGAGUAAUAAUGGAUAUUUGCUUCUACACCCUUUGCUCAUAACAUCGAUAAAUGGAAAUAUGCAAGACAAUUACAAUAGCGUAGAUUUCGUCGAAGUGGAACAAGUAGAUGACGGUAAAGGUUCACGCGAACUAGGGGAACAAAUUAAGAAAUUACGUGCAAGUCUGGUCGAUGGAGAAGAUGGCUACAUGAAGGAAGUUAAAGUUCUGUAUCAUUAUGAUAACAUGAGGCGAAUAGCGCGCGUCGAACACGAUUAUUUCUUUAAUCGACUUGUGGGAACUCCGUUUUCUAUGGGUAUUUCUUUGCCUAAGGGAUACGGAGACACGGAGCUUUUGCUUAAGGAUAAUCCUCUUGAGGCCAAACAAGGAAAGGCACUCACCGGAAUAAAUGUAACAGAUUAUUUCAAAUUUAGCUACAGAGUUCAUCCCGAUUGGGUCUACUGCAAGUAUCACUAUUUGGAAGGCCACGAAUCGGAGAAUGUGGAGUUGGAAGUCUGGAAAUUCCUUGUGAGGAUAUCCCACAACGAUCUGAAUAUUACAGAAGAACAGUACAUGCAAGAAACUGCGAAAGAAGUUCCCUGGUCCAUUGAAACGCACUGUGGCAACGCGACCCGGGAGUUAGGAGUCGAUGACUACUAUUGUAACGAGGAUCUAGUCAAACAACUCGUUUUUGAUGCUAAGUUAACGACUCCUUACUUCGAAAAUUGGGAUGCGACCAAUGAAGAAAUUAAUUUAGCUAAAAAAUACAAUGUUAGCGUCCGUUUCAUAGCUACAGCCAGUGGACUGACUAGAUGGCAUUAUAUAAAUGAUAAAACAAAAAACGAAAAGGUCAAUGACACUGGUUAUCGGCAUAAGGAGUACAAGGGGAAAGUAUUCGGCGAUAUUUAUUUCAACGCUAUCGAGGAAAACUGGUACAAAGCGGCAGUACUCCAGCACAUGAUCAACAAGGAGUCCCUAGUUAUAUCGACCCCGCUACCCAUAUUGGACGACAUCAUACAAAACAAGCCUCCGGUACAGAAUGAGGACGGAGACAUCACAGUGACUUCUACCUACGCAAUUUUUUAUAAAGACGGCGAAUCCGAGACUCCGGCUUCGGUUGUUGGAUUCGAAUAUUCAUAUUUGAGUUUCUAUGAUCGGUUCAUGGAAAUAACGAACGUCAGCUGGAGUGGCAGUAGGGAAGUAACAUGUAGCGGUGAAGAUUACGAUUGUUAUCUCAUCGAUAGCUCAGGGUACAUAGUUCUGUCCAAAGACAAGGAAGAAGUCGGCCAAUUCUUCGGGAUCGUCAACAAAUACGUCCUACAAUCAUUUCUGGAUCAGAAUAUAUUUCAACACGUUGAAGUUUUCGACUAUCAAGCUUUGUGUCCAAUAGACAUAUUGCCGGAGAAGAAUAAUUCAUGGUCGCUGGUGAAUACUUUCACCUUAGUCGGGAACAUCCUGCGAUGGUUGCUCGUGGAAACACUUUUCUUGCUAUCGAACGUUUACAACUGGAAGGAAUAUUAUGUUUACGGCGAAGUUAUGGAAAUUUAUGAAACAACGGAAGAGCCCACCACCACUGCAAUCCCACCAUUGAAUAACGGAUCUGAGGCUGCAAAGGAACCAGAAGAAAAUCCAUUCUCGUGUGACCACAUUAUAAAGCUGUUCAUAUUGAAUCAGACAUAUUUCUCGGAGGCAAUGGGCGCUUCGCCUGUCGUUUACAAGGACGAACCGGGGGAGUGCCACCCGGCGUAUUGGGCUUCGUUAGUGAAGAAAACAAAUUUACUACUUGUCGUUGUGAAAACUGAAAACAAACGUUAUCCUGAAACGUGCAAGGAGCCACCGAAUACAAAACCACGUCCGACCAGUGAGUCCACCGCCAGCCGCGAGCCCUGUCAUAAGUUGGAUUUAGGCGCCCUGCACAGACGACGUCUUGAAGAUUGCUUCACCUACCAUGAUGAGGAACGGCACAUCAUGGCGUGCGAUCACGCGAACAUUCUGGCAACUGACUCAAUUGUUUUGGGUAUAUUAGCUUCAAUAGCUAUUCUGUCAUACAAAACAUAUUUAUGAUGUUAAUAAUUGUGACUAGUUAGCAAUAGAUGAACCGCGUGACGUUUGUACCUUUGUUACUUUAUCAAUAAAACUUGUUGCA